CAAUCACUGGGCCGUGGCAGCUGGUGGCAGCUCUCGGAGUACAAGUUGUAAGAGAAUGCAAAGUGUAGAGCGACGAUUGCAUCUUUCUGGCAAUAAAAGAUGCUUUCACCUAUCCAUUUAGUCUCUUCUAAGUCAUUUAAAGGGAGAAACCUAACAGGAACCCAACGUCUGGUACAUGACUUAGCUGUGGAUAUUCAUAAGAAUAUACAGCAUUGGAACGAUCUUCAUAGCCAAGGAUUCGCCUAUCUGAAAGAAAUAAAGCGGGAAAAACGCGAUGAAAGUUAUUCCGAGGCUUUACAAGAUUUAUGUGACAAGUUGGAAAACAUUUGUGACGAUCUGGACGUCGUAGUUGGAAACCUGGAUCAAAUUAAACAUCAACUAACGACUGUACCGGGCUUGCAUAAAACUGUAGACAAAUUGUUCGUAACAUGGCCGAUAACAAAGUUUGGUGAGGUAGCAGAAACUAUACAUAAAGCAUAUCAUAUGGAGGCCAAAUUGAAACGCAAAUUAGUUGAAAAUGUUGCUCACAAUCAUACGGAAUCGUCGAAGAUGCUCCAUAUUGCAGCAUGGGUGUACGAGCCUUCACUAACUGAAGAUUUAACAAUUUUAUUGGAAUCGUUUCUUAAUGAAGUUGGCCUUAGAUGAUAAAAGCUCUCGAUGCAGCAUUUCAUUUCUUUUUCAUUUUAAUAAAGUUAGUAAAGUAACGAUGAAUUGCAAUUUUAUUCAUAUUAGGCAGAUUCAAAUUAAAACAUUUUAAUAUCGGUACAGGUAUAACCUAAUAUACGAUAGUUGAUAACUAUUUCAGUUUUUUGAGCAAUGAAGAGAACAAAGUUGUUUAAACUCCGAUUCUAUUAGUGUACAGUUAUGGUUAUUUAAAAUAAGUUUUUCUACAUUUCUUUUUAAACUUUUAUUUGUCUAUUCCUUCUAUAUAAAAAUG